AUGGUAGACCUUGUCGCCACUGUCGUUGGCUCCACUAUCAAAUUGUUCUGGGCUUGGCAUAUUGGGGAUGAAAUAUCCUGUGUUCAUGGCAAGCCCCCGGAGCUACCCACACUUUUCGCAGAGAUGGUGUUUGUAGUAGUCUGUUCAGUGGGACAGCUCUUCUUUGCAAUCGUGCUGGCAAACACCCUCGUCAACCAGAUCACUCUGAUAGGUGCGUUAGGUCUUGAUGGGUCCAAAUCCCCGUGGUUGAUUGGUUCUUUCUGUCUUGCCAAUGGUGUUUCUGUCGUGGUAUCGGGAUCAUUAGCAGAUCUGACGAACCCUAAGUGGCUAACUGUGGGUGCUCUGGUCUGGCUCACGGUCUGGAACCUGAUUGGAGUCUUCUCCAUCACGCCAUCCCGGAUGGUGUUACAUUUCGUUUCGACUGCUGUGAGCAUGUUGGGACGCAUCUAUAAGCCCGGUAAGAGAAAAACAACGGUCUUCUCGUCGAUGGCUGCCAUGAUUCCCCUGGGAUUCGGUGUCGGCGCGCUGCAGGGUGGUGCCUUCAGUGCCCAUCUUCACUGGGUUUUCGGCUCUACAGCCAUUAUGUGUGCCGUCUGCACAGUCGCUGCAUACUGGGCGGUUCCGAACCUCCCACCAUCGUCCGGUGCGGCAGGUGACGGAAAACUGUCCAUCAAGGACUUUGACUACCUUGGAGCGGCUAUUUCAGUGAGCGGGUGUGGGCUACUCAUCUUCGGACUGACACAGGGCGCGCCCACCCACUGGACACCAUAUACAUACAUCUUGGUCAUUGUAGGGAUGUUUCUCCUUGUUGCCUUUUACUUCGUGGAACGCUGGGUAUCCCGACCUCUUAUCGACAACCGACUCUGGAAGACACCAGGCAUGAUAUGGCUGCUGAUUUCAUAUUUCCUGGGAUACGGGGCGUUCAACGGCGCGUGGAUGUUCUACGCAGUCCGCUUCUUUCUUACAAUACAAGAUAAACCCCCAAUCAUCGCCGCUCUUUACUUCAUACCUCUUGCCAUAUCAGGAACAGUGGCUACAGUGGUAGUUGCCAAGACACUCCAUGUUCUCCCAGGCCACUACAUACUCAUAUGCAGCAUGAUUGCAUUCGCUUUGGGCCCGGCCUUCUUCCUCCCACAAACCUCUAAUACUAUCUACUGGGCGCUGUCGUUCCCUGGUGUCAUCCUCGUGGCUUUCGGACCGGACAUGUCGUUUGCAGCUGCGUCCAUUUUUGUGACCUCCAACGUGCCGAAGUCCUUCCAAGGCUCGGCGGGCAGCUUGCUGGUUACUAUGCAGAACCUGUCAUCUGCAAUUUUUACAGCUAUUGGAGAUACGAUUGGAGAGAGUGUUACUAAAGAAGAGGGUUACAGUCUGAACCUUGAUGCACUGAGAGCUAUCUGGUGGUUUAGUCUGGCGACAUCUUUGCUCAGCGCUUUGAUCUGUGGGGUUUUUGUUCGGAUUCCUAAGGCCGAGGAGAAGGAACAUCUACAAUAA